UGGCAGCCUCCUGUUUUGUAAUUUAACACAAGGUCCGAGCUGGUGGAGAAGCCCCUCGUGUUGCCUCCUCUUUGCCCCCCGAGAGCUGCAGCUUUGACCCGGCGGAACCAGCGGAUACAGCGAUGUCUCCGAAGAUCACUGGAGAGCUGCUCAGGCAGCUUCGCCACACUUUGAAGAAUUGCAAAUACUUCUCUGAGCCUAUCCAGGCCUACAUCGUUCCCUCUGGAGAUGCCCACCAGAGUGAAUACAUCGCACCGUGUGACUGCAGACGUGAAUUCAUCUGUGGAUUUAAUGGCUCUGCAGGUACGGCCAUCGUCACAGAGCAGUAUGCUGCGAUGUGGACUGAUGGGCGAUAUUUCCUCCAGGCCAGCCAGCAGAUGGACAACAACUGGACCAUCAUGAAGAUGGGACUGAAAGAGACGCCCUCUCCGGAGGACUGGCUGAUCAGCGUCCUGCCGGAGAAUUCCAAAGUGGGAGUAGAUCCUUGGAUCAUAGCCGCUGACCAGUGGAAGAAUAUGUCCAAGGCGCUGACCAGUGCAGGCCACUCUCUGGUGGCGGUGCAGGACAACCUGAUCGAUGCAGUUUGGAGCGAACGUCCACAAAGACCCAGCACUCAGCUCCGCACCCUGGGAUUAGACUACACUGGUUGGUCCUGGCAAGAAAAGGUCACCACUUUGCGAGCCAAGAUGGCAGAGAGGAAAAUCAGCUGGUUUGUUGCCACGGCUUUGGACGAGAUUGCAUGGCUUUUUAACCUCCGCGGUGCUGACAUCGAGUACAACCCAGUUUUCUUUGCAUAUUCCAUCGUGGGAAUGAACACGCUGAGGCUUUUCGUGGACCUCAGCCGCCUCUCAUGUCCCGCUGUGAGAGACCACCUGCAGCUGGACACUCCCAGCAAACCUGAGCUGAGCAUCCAGAUGUUCCCGUACGAGUCGGUCAACACCGAGCUCCAGGCCAUCUGCGCAGCACUCGGCCCCAAGGAAAAAGUGUGGAUCUGCGACAAGGCCAGUUGUGCUCUCACACAGGUCAUCCCCAAGGAGCACAGGACUCCGAUCCCCUACACGCCGCUCUGCCUCUCCAAGGCUGUGAAGAAUCCCACUGAGGUUAAAGGCAUGAAAAUGGCCCACAUCAAGGAUGCAGUUGCUCUUUGUGAACUCUUUGCUUGGUUGGAAAAGGAGAUCCCUAAAGGCACGGUGACUGAAAUCUCUGCUGCUGAUAAGGCUGAGGAAUUACGCAGUCAACAGAAACAUUUUGUCGGCCUCAGUUUCCCCACAAUCUCCAGCGUUGGUCCAAAUGGAGCAAUCAUACAUUACAGACCACUGCCUGAAACCAACAGAACUCUCAGCCUGAAUGAAGUUUACCUGAUUGAUUCUGGAGCUCAAUAUGUUGAUGGAACCACAGACGUCACACGCACCAUGCACUUUGGGACACCAUCUGCUUAUGAGAAGGAAUGCUUUACCUAUGUUCUGAAGGGACACAUAGCUGUCAGUGCCGCUAUUUUCCCAAAUGGAACUAAAGGCCACCUGCUGGAUUCGUUUGCCCGUGCAGCGCUGUGGGAGUCGGGGUUGGACUACCUCCACGGGACCGGCCACGGCGUCGGCUGCUUCCUCAACGUCCACGAGGGGCCCUGCGGCAUCAGCUACAAGACCUUCGCUGAUGAACCUCUGGAAGCCGGCAUGAUCGUCAGCGAUGAGCCUGGGUACUAUGAAGAUGGAGCUUUUGGCAUUCGUAUCGAGAACGUGGUCCUAGUUGUUCCGGCAAGGCCCAAAUACAACUUCAGAAACCGAGGGAGUCUGACGUUUCAGCCCCUCACUCUGGUCCCUAUCCAAGUCAAGAUGAUGAACACAGAUCUGCUCACUCAGAAGGAGCGCGACUGGGUGAACAAGUACCACAGGACUUGCCUGGAGGUGGUUGGAGCAGAGCUGGAGAGGCAGGGCAGGAGGGGGGCGCUGGAGUGGCUGGUCAGAGAGACCCAGCCAAUCGCCUGAGGACGGAUCCGAUCACGUUACGAAGGAGUGUGAUGGAUUGUUCUGCGGUGAUAAUUGUUUGUAUUUCUCAUAUUUCUCUUUGUCUCACACUCGGCUUCUUUUUGUAAAGCACAUUGUAUCGGCAGUUUUAUUAAAGAUCAG